ACUCCGGAAGAACCGGAGCAGUAAUCGUUGACACGUGCUUCGCAGUACUUGCUCGUACACUCUUGCUUGAGUUAUUUUUCGAACUAAUUUUUUCACAUAUCAACAAAAAAAGAAAAGCUCAUAAUGGCGAAAUCAGGAUGCACUGACGUGUCAAGCGAUAGCGACAGCGGGGACGAUUGGGUGGAAAAUGACGAGAAUCAUCAUAUCCCGUGUCUGUUUUGUGAAAAAACAAUUGAGAAAGGAUUUCCUUCCGCCCUGCAGCAUAUAGAGACCGAGCACAAGUUGAACUUUAGCAAUUUUAUAAGGAAACACACUCACGAUACUUAUUCCUAUAUCAAGUUAAUUAAUUUUAUUCGUCGUGAAUCUGUUUCAUCUGAAAAGCUGAUUACACUGAGUGUAGACGAUUGGGACAAGGAUGAGUAUUUACAUCCGGUUGUGGAAGAUGAUCCGUGGUUAAUGUACGAUGUUGAAGAUCUCAUUAAUAUUAUGGAUGUGAGUGACAAAAAUGUGAUAAUACAUCAAAAUGAUGAUGGCGUUACAUUGUCGGUAGCACAAUACGAAGAUAUGUUGAGAACAAUUAGGUUACUUAAGGCUCAAUUAAAAGAAAGUGAGAUAAAGUGUUUUCUAGUACAGCAGCAAAUAGAAGAAAUGAGAGAGCUAGUUCAAAAAUUAGUAUUAGAUAAUGAUAAAGAUGAGAAAGAAAAGAAUAGUUUAGUCACUACUCAAAAUUCAAAUGGGGACAGCUACUUCGAUUCGUACGAUCAUUUUUCUAUACAUCAUGAGAUGUUAACGGAUGAAAUAAGAACAGAGAGUUACCGUGAUGCGUUGCUAAAAAAUUCCAACAGAUUUCAAGAUUGUAUAAUGCUAGAUGUUGGUUGCGGGACUGGUAUUUUGUCGAUGUUUGCGGCAAAAUCUGGUUGUCGAAACGUCAUCAGUGUUGAUCAAUCUAAAAUGAUAUAUCGUGCUAUAGACAUAGUGAGAGAGAAUAAUCUCAGUGACAUAAUUACGUUAAAAAAAGGUCGUCUGGAGGAUAUUAACAUAGGGGUGGAUAAAGUGGAUGCUAUAAUAUCCGAAUGGAUGGGGUAUUUCCUCUUAUUCGAGGGAAUGCUAGAUACUGUAAUUUAUGCUAGGGACCAUUAUUUAACACCCGGCGGAGUACUUCUGCCGAAUAGAUGCACAAUUAGUAUUGUAGGAAGCGGCGACACAAAGAGAUAUAUUCAUCUGGUUGAUUAUUGGACCAAUGUGUACGGUUUCAAAAUGAGCUGCAUGAAAAAUGAGGUGGUGCGCGAACCCAGUAUAGAGAUCUGCAAUGCCAACAACUUGAUUACGGAUACCGCCGAAAUACAAGUUUUCGAUUUGUAUCGAGUUACAACUGAUUGCGUUAACUUCUCGUCCCCGUUCAAGUUAACCGUGAAAAAGACAGGAUCGUUAACUGCGAUAAUCGGUUACUUCGACAUCUUCUUCGACCUCGAAAAUCCGGUGCACUUCAGCACGAGUCCGCAAGCUCCGCCGACGCAUUGGAAACAGACGGUGUUCUCUUUAAGCGAACCCAUCAGCAUAACCGAGGGUGAAGUUUUGACCGGCACAUUGAUAUGCCGAAGGCAUGUCAAAGACGUCCGAGGCUUAAUCGUCACUGUUGAAAUCAAAAAUGUCACACAGACGUAUUUUUUGCACUAAAACAUUUACUUGUUUCGAGUUAUUCAACAACAAUAGCCGUACGUGCCAAAUUACAAAAUAGGGUCCACUUCCUAUCGAGCUACAAAAGUUUGACUUUUGUUUAGACGUCAGAAUGCAAGAGACACGUUUCACGCGCGAUUAAGCCUGACAUUUUAUCGUUAAAAUUUUACUAUAAUAGAAAAAUCUACUGUUUCUGUUGGAGAAUUUCUACUAUUUGCAUUUCGCAUUUUGGAAUUUCAGCUUUACAACUUUUCACGCUGGAAAAUCAUAAUAAUUAUCUAUAUAUAGUUAAUAUAUACUCGUUCUCGCAGCGUUUUUUUUCCGCAGGUUAAAUAGAAUGCCGCAGUUUCUCUAAAAUUUUGCAUAUAAUAAUAAUAAUACAAAUCAUUGAUAUAGCAGCUAUUUAAAUUUGUGCCUUUUAAUAAUAGUUGGUCCGUAAAAAAUCAAGUAUAUAAUAUUCAAUUUUAACAAUUUUCGCAUAGACGAUAGAAUUUUAACCUUAUAUAGUUGCUGCGCAAGCAUUUUAAAUAAAAAAAUAAAAAAAAAAAAGAAAACCGUUCGCAGAGCUUAGAAUAAAAACAACGACAUCGAUUUUCAAGUUUUAACAAAUAGCCGUUAUAGAACAAGUUCGGCAAUUUAUAUACAAUUCUUCAAAGGUUCUUGUUGCUUCCGCGAUAGGAAGUUUUCUUCCUAUAAAAAAACAAAUUUUUCUUCUUAAAAUAAAAUUUCACCAAUAUCUUUUCCGACACAGACACAGAACAGUAUUAUUAACAAACGUAAUGUUACAUAUAUAUACUUAAAAAAAAUCGUCCGAUAAUUAUACAAAUUUUCCUGCCACUCUCUUCUUGCAUGUGAUACUUAACAAGGAUGCUCACCAAAUUAGUAAGAAAUAUUAUCGAUUAUUAACCAAGGCUUAUUCUCUUGCUAUCGAAUUAAACUUGUUGAAAACUUGCAGUCAAACAGUUAUUACAAUUUUAUGAUAUACAAAACAUUGAGUAUAGAGAGUUAAUACUUAUAUAUCUUUCGGAGUUAUCUAUACAACAGUGCGUUACACGCAUCUUUAAAUAACGCCUACUUGUGUAUACAAUACGUAUGUAUAUAAAAAUUAUUGUAUAUAUAUAUAUAACAUAGUUAGUGAGACUUUUAACCCUUACCAAGCGGGAUUAACGUAGCUGAAUCUCACAGCUACAAAUGAGUGCAUUUAAUUCGACCAAAAAUUAAAAUUUUUUUGUUUUUUAAUUCUUAUUCUAGUGUUUUUUUUUAUUCAAAUAUACGAUCUCAUGCAUCUUACGAUAUUAAGAUCUAGAUAUAAGAAAUCGUGACAAUAGUUUAUAAGUAUAACUUUUUGAAGUUUAUUUAUUUAUGAUACGCAAUUACAAUUGAAAAGUUGUGAGAGCAAAAUAAAUAAUCCUGCAGCCCCGAGUGAAAAGGGUUAAAAGGCCGAUACAGGUCCGCACACACAUCAGGUUUACACAAAUUAUUGUAAACGACGGGAUCUCUUUCCAACAUUUAUUAAAGAUUAAAAUAAAAUCU